AUGGUGCUGCCUUCGACGAGGUGUUUGGGCUUGGCGCUCGAGUGGUCCUGCCACGGGGUGCCCUGGUUUAUCUUCUCUGGUGGUUGGAUUAUGGGUCUGCUUAUCAGUAACAUGGCCCCACCGCCCUCCUCGCGUCCCCUAGACCCCUACGUAGCCCCCUCCUUUACCAAUUCACGCAACCUCUACGGUUGGAGGGCGGCCUGUCUCCUUUUCGCCCUCAUCCUCGACGUGGUGGUUGUGGGUUGCAUUAAAUUCAUUGUCAAACGACCACGCCCCGAGGCCAAUUACUCCUCUGACAUGUUGCUUACCGUGUCCAUCGAUGAUUGGUCGUUUCCUUCUGGCCACUCGAGUCGCGCGGGGAUGCUCCAAUGGCUGCUGCCCUGGCUGUUUGACCUCUCGGGCUUCUCUCGGCUCGUGCUCUCGGUGUGGGUGGCUUGUGUCUGCGUGUCGCGGCUUGCAAUGCGGCGUCACCACCUCGGCGACAUCCUCUUCGGCUACGCCCUUGGCUGCUGUCUUUACUGGCUAGUCACGCGGAGCAUCAACUGGCCCCACUGGUUCCGGUUCCUAGGUUGA